AUGUUGUUAUUCGCACUUGCCCUGCCCAUUCUUCUACUGCAUGCAGCUUCAGCAGUACGCUUCACAGCACGCUCACCAUGCGCCGAUGUCUGUGGCGGCAUGAUGGCCAAUACCACUGGCGAUGAGAUUGUGUGCCAUGAUAAUGAAUUCAAUGACACACCCAAAGGACGUCGUUUCCGAGACUGCGUGUCCUGCGAAUUGCAAAGUACAUUUUAUGAUGUGUUCCAUGACGAAUCCGAUGUUAAAUGGGGUUUACAUAACCUACGAUACGCCUUUUCUACCUGUAUUUACGGUUACCCCAAGGUGUUACAAUCGCUAUCCACACCGUGUCAGGUUACUUGUCAAGGACUCUCAGAAUCCCUCAAGUAUAAACAAACGGAGCCGCUAGGAAGGAAUAUCUAUGACUUUUGUGGGAUAUCAACGUUCUCCGACAAAGAUAUCACUGAUUGCACCAUAUGCUACUCCUUGACCGAGAACGAAAAGUUUCUUGCUAACUUUCUCGAGGCAGUCCGUGAAGGAUGCCGCGCCAGAGUCCCCGCGGGAGACAAGUUUUUUAUCGAACCUAAUAGGAUUUUCAACAAGCUGAUGUUACCAGCAAACCAAGAUCCACAACUCCCGGGAACGAAUACCGGCCGCUCAAAGAAAAAUCUGAUCCUCGUCAUUGUCUUGCCCAUUGUUGGAUUUUUAUUAUUCGGCACGGCUCUGGCGGUGGGCUGCUUCUUUUAUAUCCGGAACCGUCGCCGAAGAGCCAGACGGGAAAGCCAGUCGAGUAGUCUACAUGAAAGAUGGAAUGACACUUCCAUCAUGACUCCGUCACACAAUGGUCUGCACAAGUACUGGGGAGGAGAACAAACUCAUCAGGCACAGCAUCCGUAUGAUCCUAAUAUGGCACAAUCUUACGACAAUUCAUACUAUGCGCCAGAUCAACGGGAUGUCAAGUAUCCGUCCGAGGCACAUAUGAUGACCUCUCUCGCCCCUCAAACAACCCAACAUGCCACCGACGGCGACCGGAAAGUCCCAAUAUUAUCUGCGGCGCCACCUCCACGGAAGUCACUAACGAACAAUAGAUAG